CUGGAGACGGUUGGGUUCGCGGAUUCGGAACGCUGAUCAUUGGAGUUAUUCUGGUUAUAGCUCGGAAUCAUGUCAUCUCUCAGGAACAGUCGGGGCCGAGAGCUGCCGCCCAAGAUCCCGGUUCGUCAGCAUUCACCUAAUUGUCCGCCACAUAGUGGCCUUUCCAUAAAUAACUGCAGCAAAACAUCAUUUUCAAAAGCUGAGGAGCAAUACUCUGAAAGCCAAACACAUCUUCAAUCUAAAAAAUCUACAGUGGCAGACAUUAACUUACAGAAAUUGAAGGAAGAGAACAAACUGUUGAAAAAUGAGUUGGAAAACUUAAGGUUGCAAUAUCUACAACUACUAGAAGAAAAGCAGAAUGUGCCCUAUGAUGAACGACGUGUAAUUCUACUGAAAGCUCACAUAUUGCAGCUGGAGAGGCAGGUAGUGCUACUUACCGAGGGACUGAGUUCAAGAGCUGCUCUGAUGAUGGAGAUAGAAAAUGCUUUAGAACUUUUAAACGAGCGAUUCAGAUCCUUAUUAAUGUUUGAAAGUCCCACAUCUGAAGUUCUAAUUUCACAAGCUGAACUGAUACAGCUUACUGGAAUGUGUCAGACUCUUCAAAAAAGACUGCAAAGGUGGCAAACGGCAGCAAAUGUUGAAAACCUUUCCAUGAUGUGGCUAAUGUCAGGAGGGAAUCUGAUUAACCAACCUGUGAGUCUCCUAGAUCUUUGUUAUGGCAAGACGGAUAACCUGAACCUUCAGUAUGUGUCUGUCUUGGAAACAAAGCUCUGCCAGCUGUACAGACAUCUGAAUGCAAUCAAACAUACACUGAGUCUUAUUCUUGUACCUGGCCAAGAUUCCCAUGAUCAAGUUUAUCGUAUUCUUCCUGGUGUUUUCUAUGCCAGGUUGCUAAAUCAGGCGGUUAGAUGCAACCAAUCACUGGAAGAUUGCUGCAUUGAUCUGCUGACCCUCACACUGAUUGUGCCUUCUGCCCCUUGGGCAAAAUUAAAACAUCCAGUCUGCCAGGAAUUCACUGUGGAGAAUAUGCUAUCAGUGUUACCUCCUUUUCCGAAAGGUCCUCCUCAACGACAGGCAAGGAAAGCUGUUGAGGCCUUAGUAAAAGCAGUUAACUACUCCAGGCAAAUUGGUUUGCAACAGGUUAAAGCUCAACAAGCUGAACUGGAUUUCCAUAAAUCCACGUAUGAUAUUCAAAUGAAAUUCAUGGAGACACUUUUGCAAGCAAUUAAGCAGGCAUACCAUGCUUUUCAAGACAAUGUAGCUAAAGUUCUAUGUUUACCACUACAAGAAGUGCUGACCUCAUAUACAAAACUUCAGGAGAUGACAACGGAAGCAACACUAACAGAUUUUUUAACAACUUUUAAAAACAAUGCGGAACAAAUACAGAAUGCAGUGAAUGAUCUGACGCCAUUCCAAAAUCAGCAUAGCGAUGGUGAUGAGGCUCUAUCCAGAUUUGGGAAAGAAUUCUUCCUUUCCUUGGAAUGGUGUGUCAAAGAUUGUAAAGAACAACAAGAUUCAUUGGCAAGUGAACUUGAAACCUUGAAGGAAGAGUUCAGUCAUGCCGUAGAAACUCUUCACAAUCUGAGAAAAGAGAACAUGGAAAAAAAGACUGAUGGUGGUCACUCCUCACAAUUUGCUUCAAAGCCAGAAAAACCAAAUGGAAAAGUAAAAGUGGAUGGAAAUGCUAGCACACCUCAUGAGGCAACAAGUCCAGAGCUUAAAACCAAGGCAUUUACCAUCGCAACAGCUUCUACUCUAAAACUUCAACCUGGGGAACCAAGGAUGUCGAAUGAAAGUAUAACUACCAUUGUAGAAUCCCAACAUGAUCUCUCCAAACAGGGUAGCUCUGAGAAAUGCAGUAGUAAAGGCACGGCUAAACCAGUCCAAAAAAGCAAAACUAAAAUAAAACAACAAAGGCCACCUUGGCAGGACUGAGCAAUAGAUCUUCUGUUGCUUGGCACACUGGUAUUUUGAAAUUAGUAACAGUGCAUGAGGAGAAAAAUAAGCUAGAAGCCUAGGGUUAAUGGUUCACAGACAUAGACAUCUGGGCAGCAAAUGUACUAGGGCUUCGACAGGAAAUGGAAUACACUUGAAAUUUUUUUUCUGGUGUUAGUCAGUGUUCAUUUAAAAAAAAAUUCUUUAUUGUUUUUGUAUUAAUCUACAGCGGCCACAGUGUGAAUAAUAGUAUUCCUAUAUUUUAUGGAGAAACGGUCUACAUUUUGUGUUUAAUGUACCAUGCACAAAAAAGUGUGUGAUCUUUACUUCAUAUCCAUUGUUAAUACUUGGAUUCUGACAGACUGUAGAUUAUUGCAAAUAUUACAGUGAUCUUGUACUAUUUUACAAAGAUAUAGAUUUUACAAAAACUUUAAAAUCAAUACUUUAUAAUACAAUAGAAAAAAAUCCAAUUGAAACAAAUAAUUUGAUAAUAAAGUCUGCUUUUUUUGGAAAAUGUAUUCAUAAACAUGUAUUGAUGACAGGGUUUUAGUUGAAAAUUUCCAGAAUAGGCAAUAUUACUUCAGAAUAUGAAACAAUUAUAAUGUUAAGUAAAGAAUCCAGGGAAACUGGACAUAAAUAAAUAUUGUAAAUUGAAGGCUAAUUAUUAUGAAAAAUGCAAAAGAUUUUAACAGCAGGCAGACUACUAAUUCUGCAAUGCAUCAGAAAUAGUUGUGAAAACGAUUAUUUUCAUUGAAUUGGCCAAUGAAUAGACAGAGAGCAUGCUUGUAAAUGAGGAUGGUGAUGGACUCAUGGAGCCAGAGGAUUAUUAAGAAGAAAGAAACAACAGGACCUCCUUGCAGGCAAGGGAGAUGGAGGCUUCCUCCACCUUGAAGCAUCCUCUCCGCAAUCUAAAGCAAAUUGAAUCAAACAAUGGCUCCGGCUCUGGCCAAUAUGUUGGAGGUAUAACCUGUCCUCAGGGAUGUGUACAGAUAGGCAAGGGAGGGCCACAUACUUUACCUCGCGCCCAAACUUUCAUUGGGAGACCAGGAGUGCCUAGUCUUUUCAUGUCACCCCAAGUGAUCCAUGUGCCAACUGGAAAAUUUCAGUCAGGGUCAAUUAAUUUUAAUCAUACCUUACUUGACUACUGACACUCGUGGAUGAAUAGACCUUCCCUGCACCCUGGCACUCGCCCUCUGACUCUGCUAGUGCUGACACACCCACUGACUUCCAUUCUUGUCCUUUAAUGGCAACAACAGCCCCUCACUUGAAGUGAAUCCUCAGAUCCACUAUUUGAAACUCAGUUCUUUUACCAUAUAUUGUUUCUUACAGUUGCAAAUUAUGCCAAUAGUGAGAUCAAUGCCACUUAACACUAUUAUGAAAUAAAUUAGUCAACUGUAUUGUCUGCAAUGGUGACCACAAAUAUGCAGUUAAACAUGGAAAUCCAAACAUUUCUGUUAGUAAUCCUGCUCUUUCAAACCCUGUAUUGUAAUACCUCAUUGAUAGACUUGAUAUUGAAAUCACUGCAAGGAAGUAAAAUUGCUACCUUUAACCACAAGCACCAAGAAACAUGCUAGAAAUGUUAGAGACAGUCCAUUCAGGUGCAAGUGAAUCCUUAAACAAUGUGAUAAUUUGCAAUUACCGCCAAAGAAACUCCUACGAGUUUAAUUUUGUAAGCAUGGGGGCUUAUUUGUUCAAAAAUUGUGUUGCAGAUUUGUUUUUACAU